AUGGCUUCCGGGAACAUCUUGAAGACUGUGGCUUUGGCAUUGCUGUCGCUGUGCAUCUGCGGCACGGCCAUCAGCAGCCAGUACCGCGAGCGGUACCGCGUGAACACGCCCAUGCUGCAGAGUUUCGCCAACUACUGCUUGCUGCUGCUUGUCUACACCGGGAUGUUGGCCUUCCAGCCAGGCAGCGAUAACCUCCUGCACAUCUUGAAAAGGAAGUGGUGGAAAUAUGUCCCUGGUGUCGCUGAUGUGGAAGCCAAUUACCUGAUCGUCCGGGCCUACCAGUACACGACACUCACCAGUGUGCAGGCACACAAGGAGUCUGCAGAGGCCCAGGACAGACCUCAGCUCACAGAUUUGCUUGGCAAGCCCCAUGAGUCUCUGGACUGCUUUGGCAUCCCUGUGCUGAUGGCUCUCUCGUGGUUUGUCCUAUACGCGCGGUACCGUGUCAUCCACUUCGUGGCUGUAGCCGUGUGUCUGCUAGGAGUGGGGACCAUGGUUGGCGCCGACAUACUGGCUGGCCGGGAGGACAACUCAGGGAGUGACGUGCUAAUCGGGGACGAGUUGGACCUCCUGGGUGCAUCCCUGUAUGCUGUGUCCAACGUGUGCGAGGAGUACAUUGUGAAGAGGCUCAGCCGCUGCGAGUUCCUGGGCAUGGUGGGGUUGUUCGGACUCUUCGUCAGUGGCGUCCAGCUGCUGAUUGUGGAGUAUAAGGAUAUCACCAGCAUCCACUGGAAUUGGAAAAUCGUCUACUUUUUUGCGGCCUUUGCGCUCUGCAUGUUCUGCCUGUAUAGCUUUAUGCCCCUGGUCAUCAGAGUUACCAGCGCCACCUCGGUCAACCUGGGCAUCCUGACCGCAGACCUCUACAGUCUCUUCUUUGGACUCUUCCUCUUUGGCUAUAAGUUCUCGGCGCUCUACAUCUUGUCGUUCGCUAUCAUCAUGUUGGGCUUCGUCUUGUACUGUGCCACCCCAACACGCACGGCUGAGCACUGGAGAGCAGCAUCCCCGCCUGUCGCCAGCAUCGGCUUUGACAACCUGGGCCUGAAGCUGGAGGAGAACCUGCCGGAGGCACCCCCCCACCCGUUUGUAGUAGCAGAAGGCACAGUGACUCUCUGGGUCUCUGACUCCCCGAAAUGCCCCUCUGGAGAGCUGGGAGCCAGCAGAGAUUUGGACAGCAGGAAGCAGAGUGCAUGGACUCCACCCUAUCGCCUGGGGUGUGUGUGCACCCUCCUGGGGUUCCCUUGGGGGCUGGUGAAGGGGCACAGGACUGAAGAGAGGCCGAAGGGGCCAGCGAAGUGCAGCCUAGAAGCUUUGGAGCUGCUCCCAAGCGUGGCUGCUGGAUGCCCCUGUGGUGAGCCUCGAGUCUCAGAGCCUCAGGGGCCUGCAGGGGACUUUGUGGCCCUUUUUCCAGUUUAG